AUGGCAUCGGCGUCGAGUGUAGCAUUCAUCACUGGCGGUGCCUCCGGCAUGGGCCUAGCCCUGGUCGAGCGACUCGUGUCCGACGGAUGGAACGUUGCGAUCUUCGACUUCAACGCCGCGGCGGGGAAGAAGGUCCAGGAGAGGCUAGGUGGGAGCGGCCAGGUGCUCUUCAUCCAGGGAAAUGCCAUCAGUUACGAUGACCAGGCCCAGGCUUUUGUGAAGACCUGGGAGAAAUGGGGACGUCUUGAUCUCGUCUGGGGCAACGCGGGUAUUGGUGACCGCAUUGAAUUCUGCAGUCCCGUACCCGAGGGACCCAACGGUGCACCACCCCGUCCAGACACCUUAGUCGUUGACAUCUGCCUGUACGGGGUGAUCUGGACGGGGUAUCUCGCGCUGCAUUUCUUCCGGAAAAAUCCGUCCAAAGCCGGCAAGUUGGUCUUCACCAGCAGUCUUGCUGGCGUGUAUCCUGCAGCUCCAGUGCCGCUUUAUGGCGCUGCGAAACAUGGUGUAAUAGGGCUCAUCCGCUCAAUGGCGAAGCGCCUGCAGGAGAUGGGCGAACCCAUCACGGUCAACUGCGUCUGCCCGGGCCUGGUCGCCACGCCGCUGGUGAGCCAGAAACUGGUCGACGCCAUGCCCAAGGAUAUGAUCACGCCCGCGGACACGGUGGUGCGGGCGAUCUUGCAGUUCGUAGCCGAUGCCAGCAUCACAGGGCAAGCGGCCGAGUGCAGCGGAACGGAAAUCCACUAUCGCCCGGUCCUCCCGUACAGCAAUCCUGCAGCGGAGUAUAUGGUCGAGGCCAAGUAUGCCAGUUUGGUCGAUAAGGAUGAGAUGAUGCAGGACAGCGCGGAGAAGGGGAAGUUGCUGGAUGCGAUGGCUUCCGCUUCAGAUCGGGAUGGUAUCGGAGCGACGUAG